GUUCUUUCCCCUCCCCCGAACUUCCCCGUACGGUCCUCUGGGGCCUAGCUUGCCCCCACCCCAACGCGGGGCCGGUGUGAGAAGUUCCGGAACCUGGGCGCGGACGGGGUCCCGGAUGUUGACGCUGCCGGCCAUCCAGCCCCAGCCUGCUCCGCACGGCCUCGGGAGCUUCUGCUCAGCCCAAUGGUGUGCAGUUCCACAGAUAAGAAUCCCAAGAAAAAAAUCAGAUGGCAUCUGGGGAUUUCUGCUCACCUGGAGAAGGGGUGGAAAUACUCCAACAAGCAAACAGCUACCUCCUUGUAACCUGAGUGAAGAGGACCUGUUAAAGAACCCACACUUCAGCAGACUGUUGCUGAGUCUCUCGCAACACAUGGACGAGAGUGGCUUAAGCCUCUCUCUGGCAAAGGAACAGGCUCAGGCAUGGAAGAAAGUUCGACUGCAUAAGACAGCAUGGCUGAGGUCUGAGAUUUUACAGAGAAUAAUUCAAGAGCUGCUUGUGGACUACUAUGUGAAGACACAAGACACAAGUUUAACUUCUGAGGACAAAAAGUUUCAUGAGACCCUUGAACAACGGCUACUCGUGACUGAACUGACACAGCUCUUAGGUCCUAGUAGCCAGGAGAGAGUGAUACCUCCACUGCUAGGACUGGAGAAAGCGGACCUUCUGGAGCUCAUGCCACCCUCAGAGGAUUUUGUGUGGAUGAGAGCUCGACUCCCACUAGAAGUGGAGGAGCAGCUCAAGAAAAAAUGUUUCACCUUGCUCUGCUACCACGAUCCCAAUUCGGAUUCAGAUAGUGAAACCCUGAAGGCAGCAAAGGUGUGGAAACUGGCAGAGGUCCUCGUGGGUGAGAAGCAGCAGUGCCAGGAUGCGAAGAGCCAGCAGAAGGAGCAGAUAGUGCUGCUGGAGAAGAAGAGUGCCACCUAUUCCCAGGUGCUUCUCCGCUGCCUUGCGUUGCUGCAGAGGCUUCUUCAGGAGCACCGGCUGAAGACUCAGUCUGAGCUAGACCGCAUCAAUGCCCAGUACCUGGAGAUCAAGUGCAGUGCCAUGAUCCUCAAGCUGAGGAUGGAGGAGCUAAAGAUUUUGUCUGACACUUACACUGCUGAGAAAGUGGAAGUUCAUCGUCUCAUUCGGGACCGUUUGGAGGGGGCCAUUCGCUUACAAGAACACGACAUGGAGAAGUCCCGACAGGUCCUGAACACCUAUGAGGUACUUGGAGACGAAUUUGACAGGCUGGUAAAGGAGUACACCCAACUCAAGCAAGCAACUGAGAACAAGCGCUGGGCUCUCCAGGAGUUCAGCAAGGCCUACCGCUGAGCAUUGGCAGGGCCAGGGGGCACAACUUCUACAUAGGCGCUGCCUUCUCUUCCUGGUAAAAGGACCACCUCCACCUGGGGCAACCUUUGCUCAAGGGAGUAAGGGGACACUUGCUUGAAUUACUGCAGUCAUUUAGGCACCCUCCUGGUUUUUCUUCCUUGUUUAUAAUGACUGAGACUUCUGGAAAAUGUAGCUGAUUUAUGUCAUUUUAUGUACAGCUAUUUUUCACUGUUGGCCCUGUAUUAUAUUUUAUUAUCUUCUGAAUAAAGUAAUAAUAUUGUGUCUUAG